AUGGAGGAGAACAGGUCAUUUGUGAGUCCUGAAUACAAUGACAGUAUCAUAGUGUGGGUACCUCUACCUUCACUCCCCAGCAAGCAGCUCAGCACCUCUCAUACCUCCCAAACCUCCUUCAAGGACGUGAUCGGUUUAUUUUUCAUGGUGAUUUUAAAUGUACUUGCGCUGGUGGCCAACACUGCAGUCUUGGUAGCGGUGGUCAAAGCGCCUCACCUUAGGAAGUUUGCGUUUGUGAGUCACCUCUGUGCUGUUGACCUGCUGUGUGCUGUGGUGCUGAUGCCUCUGGAGAUCCUGGUUAGCUCUCCGUACUUUGACGGGGUGCUCUUCACAGUUUUGGAGUGUCAGGUGUACAUCUUCCUCAACGCAACCCUCAUUGCUGCCUCCAUCUUCACCAUCACCGUCAUCAGUGUGGAGCGGUACUACUACAUUGUGCACCCCAUGCGCUACGAGGUGAAGAUGACGCUCUGCCUCACCUCUGGCGUCAUGGGGAUAGUGUGGCUCGCCUCUCUGACCUUGGGGUUGUCCACGGUUUUCAUCUGGCACUCCUCCAGUGGUCUCAAAACUACCCACCCAGCUCACUGUGCACAAUACUGGGGCCAAAGUAGCCAAAGACAAGUCUUCUCUGUUCUAUUCUGCGUCAUGUGUUUUCUUGUACCAGCACUGGUCAUUUUCACUGUCUAUUGUAGCGUUUAUAAAGUGGCAAGAGUCGCUGCCCGCCAACAUGGACCUCUGCCAUCAUGGACACAAAACAAGCAAAGAUCUGACUCUAUCAACAGCCAGACAACCAUAAUCACAACGCGAACAGCUCCUCUUAGAAUGAUACGGGACAGGCCAUUUGGAGGAGCGAAAGCAGCGCUCACUCUUGUAGUUAUAGUGGGGCAAUUUCUUUUAUGCUGGCUGCCUUAUUUUGCAUUCCACUUCCAUGUCAGUGUCAACACAACAUCUAAAAGCCCAGGUGACUUGGAUAAAGCUGUCACUUGGUUGGCAUACUCCUCCUUUGCCAUGAAUCCUUUUUUCUAUGGGCUCUUGAACAGACAGAUCAGAGAGGAGCUGUGCAAACUGAGGCGAUGUUACUCGGGACACACCACAGAUCUGGUAUCCAGUCAUGAGGGCUCAGGGCACGAGAACUUCCUUCAGUUUUUGCACCGCACGAGCUGCACCAUAGAGACUAGAGGGAGCUUCACCGCCUCCAGCCCCCGCAGCACACUGGACCAGACCGCACAGAUCGGGUUUAGGAUACCAGGACAGAUACCCGAGGAGUUCACUUAG